AUGGUCUUCAAGGUCCCUUCCCACCUAGAUGAAUCUACAAUUCCACGAGUGUGGGACUCGAUGGUCUUCAAGGUCCCUUCCCACCUAGAUGAAUCUACAAUUCCACGAGUGUGGGACUCGAUGGUCUUCAAGGUCCCUUCCCACCUAGAUGAAUCUACAAUUCCACGAGUGUGGGACUCGAUGGUCUUCAAGGUCCCUUCCCACCUAGAUGAAUCUACAAUUCCACGAGUGUGGGACUCGAUGGUCUUCAAGGUCCCUUCCCACCUAGAUGAAUCUACAAUUCCACGAGUGUGGGACUCGAUGGUCUUCAAGGUCCCUUCCCACCUAGAUGAAUCUACAAUUCCACGAGUGUGGGACUCGAUGGUCUUCAAGGUCCCUUCCCACCUAGAUGAAUCUACAAUUCCACGAGUGUGGGACUCGAUGGUCUUCAAGGUCCCUUCCCACCUAGAUGAAUCUACAAUUCCACGAGUGUGGGACUCGAUGGUCUUCAAGGUCCCUUCCCACCUAGAUGAAUCUACAAUUCCACGAGUGUGGGACUCGAUGGUCUUCAAGGUCCCUUCCCACCUAGAUGAAUCUACAAUUCCACGAGUGUGGGACUCGAUGGUCUUCAAGGUCCCUUCCCACCUAGAUGAAUCUACAAUUCCACGAGUGUGGGACUCGAUGGUCUUCAAGGUCCCUUCCCACCUAGAUGAAUCUACAAUUCCACGAGUGUGGGACUCGAUGGUCUUCAAGGUCCCUUCCCACCUAGAUGAAUCUACAAUUCCACGAGUGUGGGACUCGAUGGUCUUCAAGGUCCCUUCCCACCUAGAUGAAUCUACAAUUCCACGAGUGUGGGACUCGAUGGUCUUCAAGGUCCCUUCCCACCUAGAUGAAUCUACAAUUCCACGAGUGUGGGACUCGAUGGUCUUCAAGGUCCCUUCCCACCUAGAUGAAUCUACAAUUCCACGAGUGUGGGACUCGAUGGUCUUCAAGGUCCCUUCCCACCUAGAUGAAUCUACAAUUCCACGAGUGUGGGACUCGAUGGUCUUCAAGGUCCCUUCCCACCUAGAUGAAUCUACAAUUCCACGAGUGUGGGACUCGAUGGUCUUCAAGGUCCCUUCCCACCUAGAUGAAUCUACAAUUCCACGAGUGUGGGACUCGAUGGUCUUCAAGGCCCCUUCCCACCUAGAUGAAUCUACAAUUCCACGAGUGUGGGACUCGAUGGUCUUCAAGGUCCCUUCCCACCUAGAUGAAUCUACAAUUCCACGAGUGUGGGACUCGAUGGUCUUCAAGGUCCCUUCCCACCUAGAUGAAUCUACAAUUCCACGAGUGUGGGACUCGAUCUUCAAGGUCCCUUCCCACCUAGACGAUUCUACAAUUCCGCGACUGUGGGCGCAGCGAGGCGCCUGCGCAGGGCUCCCCGCAGCCCCAGGCUCAGCCCCGUGCCCCGUGCUGCAUGCCACCAUCAGCGAGCUGCUGGAGGAGCAGCAGGAGCGUGUGCCGCCACCGAAGCUGCAGGUGAAGUUCAGUCUCCGCUCCUCGCCGCACGCCGAAGAGGACGGUUGCGCGCUCGCCGUCGGCCAACACAAGUGUCUGGAGGACUGCAAGUUCAAUGUGACAGCUAAAACCUUCUUCAUCAUUCACGGCUGGACUAUGAGCGGCAUGUUCGAAACCUGGCUGGGCAGCUUGGUAUCCGCUCUUCAGGAGAGGGAGAAGGAUGCCAAUGUGGUGGUGGUGGAUUGGCUUUCACUUGCCCACCAGCUCUACACCGAUGCUGUGAACAACACGCAGAUCGUCGGGAAAAGCAUCGCCAGGCUGCUCGACUGGUUACAGGAGAAACCACUCUUCCAGCUUGAGAAUGUCCACCUGAUCGGGUACAGCCUGGGUGCCCAUGUCGCCGGCUUUGCUGGUAACCACGUCCAUGGGACAAUAGGCAGAAUCACAGGCCUGGAUCCGGCUGGCCCUAUGUUUGAAGGAGUGGACCCUAGCAGGCGCCUCUCCCCUGAUGAUGCUAACUUUGUGGAUGUCCUUCACACCUACACAAGGGAAACACUCGGUGUUAGCAUUGGGAUCCAGACCUGCCAUGGGGAGGGGGCUGCCGGUGGGGAUCAAAGCCUUCUGGAAACCUCCCUGCGGACGGCGAUGCCCGGAGGCAG